UGCGGAAUUAUUUAUCCGUUGUUCAUGUUCUGUUUGAACAUGGAACUUGCCUAGUGGAUUGCUGAACACGCGUGCAGCGACAAGUGCAAAGUAAGAAAAUGCUAUACAAGUGUGCAAACAUCCAACACAUUCGUGUAGUUUCAAUUGCAAUGCAUCUUUGCAAAUGCAAAGGAUACAAUUUUGUUUGUCCUUUACAUCACCGCUUUGCCAAUUGCGCGCAGGAUUGACACAUGAACCUUACUCUUGCCUAAAGUGUGAUUGAACAAAUUUCUUUGUUUGUGGCCUGGCUUGCAGCAAAAUUUCGGUGAGAGGGAUUUGUCUAGAGAAAUACCUUCACACCAUGGCUAUGGGUGAAUUGCAUUCAAUUGCUUGCAUAGACAUUCUAAGUCCCAUCAAUCGUUCAAACAUCGAAAGUAGAUGCGUAUAUUUUUCAGGUGUAGCGGUUGAGACAUCCCUGAGCAGAAGUCUUUUUCACUUGAACAGUCAAAACUCAAAACUGUUGCACGUAGCCUCUGCGCCAAAAAUGGCAAAGCGACAGCGAAAACGUGGAAUGGCGGAGCCACAGGCAAAAGCAAAACCUAAAUCAGCGCCGGCUCCCUCAUUGCCUUCCGAAUGGGGAUCAAGAUACCCUCGUAUCGCGAUUCUCUUUGGGAUUGUGGCAGUCUCAGGAUCUUGGCUUUCAGCACAUUGGAGUCCAACCGUUGUUUGGAGAUGCUUUGAUCGCAUAAAUGAAUGGCGGCGUGAUGCUGGGCUGUGGCCGGCAGUCGAGAUGAUGGCUGCCGAAUGUUUUUUCUCGGACAGCAUUCCUCUGGUCUCGGCUACUCUGCAGCAUGGCAAAACUUUGCCAGAGCUAUAUAGACACUAUGAAAAAGAGACUGCUCAGCAUGGGCUCAUGCUUCAGACUGCCAAGCUGCCAGGUGUGCAUGCAUUUUAUGCUGAAGCUGGCAUGGGCAAGUCAACAGUGGCGGCAGCGGUGCUUCAAGAGUUGUACCGUCAAGGUGUGCCUGCUGCUUUUGUGGUUUUCGAGAUGCCAGGAGAGCUGAAACGACAGGUGGCAACUUCCCUCCAAACCACCUCUGACAAGCUGUCAGAUGACCUUACUGGGGCUUUGGUCAAGUUGCGAAAGCGUGGUUCCCGUGAAGUUGUAGUGGUGAUUGAUGCCAUCGAUGAACAUGAUUUGACUGACAUGGAUACAGAGACACUCAAACUGCUCGCAGGGGUGUCCUGGAUGUCUCGUGGGUUUGAGCUUCCUGUGUUCUUUUCUGUGAUUUGCUUGAUGCGUACGCUGGAAACAAAGCAACGCUUCGAAAAGAUGAAUGGCGGACACAAGAUCACAGGUGGUAUAGCAACAGAGCCUUGUCCUCCAGUGUCUCCCGGCACUCUUCAAAGCUACGCAAGUCAGCUGCAACUUGCAAAUGACGACUACAAGAAGUGGACAGACAAAGCGCCAUACUUGAUUGUCUUAAGGCAUUUUGCCGAGGGCAAGUACAACAUGUCGAAGGUAGUGGAACAUUUUGAGGCAGUGUGCUACACAGGUGGUGCUGGGACUGCACCACCAGCUGUUUGGGUGAGACAAAUCCGCAAGGAC